AUGAACAUCUUUACUAAGGUCCCAGGACUAGCCCAACAAACCAGCAAGCUGGGGUCUGUGCUCCAACGUGCUUUCUACGGGUCCGGCGGGAGGGUGACCCUUUUCGAGCAGCGUAAUUUCGCUGGCAGACGUCUGGACCUAAGCUCCGACUGCCAGAAGCUGACCGAAAAGAACUUCCCAGAAAGAUGCAACUCCGUGCAGGUCGAAAGUGGAGCAUGGGUGGGCUUCGAGCAUGAGAACUUCCGUGGGCGUCAGUACCUGUGGGACAUGUCCGAGCGGGGGGAGUAUAACUGCACUGAGAAGUGGUGUGCUCAGGCUGACCGAGUCGGCUCUGUGCGCACUGUGAAACAGGACUCCACACCUGCCCGAGCUCAGCUGUACGAGAGGGCUGGUUUCUCAGGCAAGAGGACAGAGCUCCAGGAUGACAUCCCUAACCUCAUGACCCGCCACAGCCUCAACAGGGCUGCCUCCAUCCGAGUACUGGGUGGCGCGUAAGUACAGGCUUCCUCUCACUUCAAAACUUUUCACUCAUUAACGCUUGCUUAACGUCUGCUUACUCUGGUAAACUUCCAAUGCGAACUGUACAGGCUUUGGGGAAAUGAUAAGAUCAGUCAUGAUUCAUUCUGUUUUGUCAUGUCACUGCUGUUUUUCUCAUUUUUUGUUUUCUCACUUCUGUUUAUUGUUUUCUCACUUUCAUAUAUUUGACUGGCUGGUGGCUGCAGCUGGGUGGUCUACCAGGAGCCCAACUACAGAGGAUCCCACUACGUCCUGGAGAAGAAGGACUACAAUAACUUCUCUGACUGGGGGGCUCAGAACAGCACUGUCGGCUCCAUGCGUCGCAUUCGAUUCAGCUGAUCCCCGAAACAAGCCAACACACCCACUCCGCCAUGCAACAUUUUUUUUUAUAAAUGACAAGCACAUUCUCUAGCACAACAAUCACAGACCCACAAGACAAGCUAUUUUAAUAAUAAACAAAUGGAAAAAAAAA